AUGAAAGAUAAGCAAGUUGCUAUUAUACAACAAUCUCAAGCUUUAGAUGCUACUUGUGAUUUUCAUUAUCGAAUAACACAUGUAUCUGAAUGUUAUCAUGGGAGUGUACAUGAUAUUACAAUUCUGAGAGAAUCAGGAAUAUUAGAACAUGUAGAAAAAGCUGUGCAAAUUAUUGCUGAUAAAGGGUAUAUUGGUGAACAAUACAUAGUCACUUCAGGAAGGAAAUCUCAUGGUGGUGAAUUGACAGCUGAAAACAAAAACUUCAAACGUGAUAUUAAUAGUACAAGAUCGACUAUUGAAAAUAUUAAUCAAUGUCUCAAAAUUUAUGCUAUUUUUGGUAGCAUUUACAGAGGACCUAUUGAUGCCUUGUGUAAGAUAACAGAAAUCCCACAAACUAUUUCUGCUCUAUGUUAUAUGAACUUGAAUAAACAUCUCAUUCGUAAAUAA